CCCAUCUUGACAGCAACUCUACCUGCGCUACAUCUUGACCAAAACCAUCAUGGCCACCGACACUCCCGUUCACUUUUUUGACAUUACUUCAACCAUUCCCGGGCCGGCAAAGGCAUGGUCCGUUAAUACAUUCAAGACCCGCAUGGUCUUGAACUUCAAGGGCAUUCCCUACACACAAUCGUACAUUUCCUAUCCGGACAUUGCUCCUUUGCUUUCCCAUUAUGGCGUUACCCCUCACGCCGCAGGAGCUCAGUAUACCCUCCCCGCCAUUCUGCACAAGCCCUCCAUCAAUGCGAACGCCUACGGUGCGAUGCAGGACUCCCUUGCUAUCGCCACGCAUCUGGACCAGACCUUUCCCUCACCACCCCUAUUCCCCUCCGGCGAUGCCAGUUAUGCGCUCGCGCUCGCGAUGAUCAAGCUCCUCGGUAACGUCACCGAAAAAGGUGUAACCCUUUUGAUUCCGAGGGUCGCUGAUCUGCUUGACCCCCGGGGUCAGGAAUACUUUAUCAGGACUCGGUCUGCUAAGUUCGGAAAGCAUCUGCCGGAGGUAUAUCCCAAGGAAGAGAGCGAGGUGCAGGAGAUAAUCAAAGCAGCGAAGGAAGAGAUGGAACCUGUGGCGCGAAUGCUAAGAGGCCGGCCAGGGAAGAAGGGGCCCUUCCUUGAGGGUGAGACUCCAGGAUACGCGGAUAUUCUGAUCGUCUCUUUCUUGGCUUGGGUUGAGAAGAGCCAUAAUACGCUUUUCCAAGGACUGGUGAGCAUUGGAGAGGGCGAGGUGAAGGCACUCUUUGAUGCUUGUUUGCCAUGGGUGGAAGGUCAAGGCGAAACCAAGGAGUGGGAUAUCCCUAAAUGAGUUGGCUAGAGUUCAUCAGUAAUUGGAUGGGAAUCCCCGUUUCCCGACUUCAAGCACGCGCGAGUUGGUUAUUCGCAGUG